UAGCAGUGCAAGAAGACUCGCUGCAGGCAGACGUCUAGCCAAUGCAAAACCCGGCGAGGAGGUCGUGAUUACAGGUAUAUCCGGACGUUUUCCCAACUCGAACAAUGUGGAUGACUUCAAAGAAAACUUAAUGAACAAAAUGAAUCUCUGCGAUGAUGAUGAUCGACGUUGGAAACACACGCACACUGAAAUUCCAAAAUGUGCUGGAAAAAUUAACUUCAUUAAUAAGUUUGAUUUGGGCUUUUUUGGAUUGCAUCAGAAUCAAGUAAACGCAAUGGACCCACUGAUCUGGUUGGUAAUGGAAAGAGCGUACGAAGCAAUUUUCGAUGCUGGUAUGAAUCUUGAAGAUAUCAGAGGAUCCAAAACUGGAGUUUUCAUCGGAUCCUGUUUCUCAGAAGCAGAGAAGGAAUUCUUUGUAAGGAUGAUACCACAACAAUAUGUCCUUGCUAAUUGUUUUAAAUCAAUGCUUGCGUCAAGAAUAAGUUAUGCUUUGCAACUGACUGGACCAUCGAUGGUCUGCGAUACGGCAUGUAGCAGCAGUAUGUUUGCAUUAUACGAAGCUUAUAAGGCGAUUCGCGAUGGGAAAUGCGAUAAAGCUCUGGUUGGAGGUACAAAUUUAUGCAUGAAUCCAUUCCUAACUUUACAAUUUGCUCGUUUGGGUGUUCUGAAUAUGGGUUCAGGUUGUAGACCAUUCGAUGAGAAUGCCGAUGGUUAUACAAGAUCUGAAGCAAUCGUCGUUGUUCUAUUGCAGAAGAAAAUGCACUCAAAAAGAAUUUACGCAGAGGUUGUGCAUUGUAAAGUAAAUGCGGAUGGAUACACGGAGCAAGGAAUCACCUUUCCUUCGAGUGCUGAUCAAAUGAUGCUUUUAAAAGAACUUUACGAAGAGUGCGACGUCGAUCCAAGCAGUUUAGCUUUUAUUGAAGCUCAUGGAACAGGCACGAAAGUUGGAGAUCCUGAAGAGUUGAACGCCAUCGACAAAAUCUGUUGCGCCGGAAGGAAAAGUCCACUGCUCGUUGGAUCGAUUAAGGGCAACAUUGGGCAUACAGAACCCGUCUCUGGGCUUUGUUCUUUGAUUAAAGUCAUUUACGCAAUGGAAAGUGGAAUUAUACCACCUAACAUACAUUGUGACAAUCCGAAAAAGAGUAUCAAGAGUCUGGAAUCUGGCAGAAUAAAAAUAAUAACGGAGAAGACGCCGUGGCCGCAGAAUAGCAAUUUAUGUGCUUUGAACUGUUUCGGUUUUGGCGGUGCAAAUGCCCAUCUCCUACUCAAGAGACCAGAGGCCUCCAAAUGUCCUCUAAUAUCCGAUGAUCAACAACCUAGAUUGAUUUGUUACAGUGGAAGAAUAGCCGAAUCCAUGCAAUCUUAUAUGGAUUUCUUCAAAACUUCCAAACUUGACUACGGCGUAGUUGCAAUGUUUCACAAUCUUUUCAAAUACCGAAUUUUGAAUAAUGGAUAUAGGGGAUUUUCACUGAUUGACUCAAGCGGAGAACUGUACAGUUCUUUUAAAUAUUCACCUAACGACCCGAUGGAUCUGCAUUUGUAUUUGGGCGGUACCAAGGAUUACCACGUGAACGUAUUAAAAGAAAUGGAGAAAUUAACUUUUUUUGCUAACUUAAUAGACCAGUUCAAGGUCGUGUUGAAGAAGAACGAAAUUACAGAUGAUAUUUAUAAGCUGGGAAGGAACGCAGUCUUUGCCACCGUAUGUCUACAUUAUUGCUUGAUAGAGACAUUGAAAUCAUUGAAUAUUGUGAUCACCUCGAUAUAUUGCACAUCUUUAGGUGAAUUCACCGCCGCUUAUGCCGCAGGUGUAUUAAGCUUGAAAGAGACUAUAUUGUCGGUAGCUACGGUUACCAACAUUUUUGUUGAAAAAAAUACAUCAGAGACUGAUCUUCCUAGAAUUAUGGUGCAACAGUUAAGUGAUGUGUUGCCAGUGAAAAUAGCGAAGAAAACGAUAGUGCAGACACCUAAGAGUAAUAUCUUUGAUUAUGGUUCUGCUGAAUACUUUGUAUACAACAUAUUGAAUCCAUCGGUACUUAAAGAAUAUCGGUGCGAUGGUCUAAUAUUGGGUGUGGAUUUUGAUGUGAAUAUGAUUGAGAAUGUUCAAAUAUUGAAAAUGAUUCAACAAGGUUUGAAGAUAAACGAUAUACUUAUUAACUUCGGUCGGCUAUAUGAGAUGGGAAUUGAUGGAGAUUGGAGCAAGUUGUAUUCGAAGGUUCAGUGGCCGAUCAGACGAGGAUCUCCAAUGCUUUCUCCAUUGAUUAGGUGGAAACAUGACAAGGAUAUGAAAAUUGUUUUGUAUUCGAAAGAAAAUAAGCAUGACCCAGAAAAAUAUAUAAAUAUAUCCAUUAUUAAUAUUGAUUUGAUGUUUUACAAAGGACACGUCAUCGAUGGGCGAACACUGUUCCCCGCGACCGGCUAUUUAUUUCAGAUUUGGGAAUUCUACGCUUCAAUCAACCGACUUCUUCUCGAAAAUAUUAAUGUGUGCUUUGAAGAAGUCAAGUUCCACAGGGCGACAACAUUUGGAAAAGAUGGAAAUAUUUCACUCUACUUAGUUCUUCAUAAAAGUGGAUAUUUCGAGGUAUCUGAAAGUAAUGCCACAGUAGUCACCGGGAGAAUAUCAGAAGUGAAAAAUACCGACAUCGUUUUUGAAGGAAAAGCGAAUGAUGCAAAUCUUCCGCUACUUAAACAUAAGGAUAUCUACAAAGAGCUAAGAUUGAGAGGAUACAAUUAUAGGGGCCCAUUUACAGCCAUCCAAGAAAUUUGCGGAAAUAAUGCAUUAAUCGAAUGGACUGGCAAUUGGAUAACAUUUUUGGAUAACAUGCUACAGCUGUUUAUCGUCCAAAAGGACACACGAAGUUUGUACGUUCCAACAGGAUUGGAUCGUCUUGUGAUAAACGGACGUGCUCAUAUGGACCAAGUCGAAGAUUUGGGAGCGGAAAAACAAUAUAUACCAGUCGAAUUAGCUUCGCAUGGAAUGAUCGUAAGAUCAAAAAAUAUUGAAAUCAGGACAAUGAAUGCAAAUGCAAUUCAACGUAAGAAACUGCCCUACAGUCCAGUUCUUGAAUCAUAUAAAUUUGUUGCAAAUGAUAUCGACGUAAAUAUGGAAACAUCCUUAAGGCUUAACACUCAUAUAAUAUUAGAAAAUAAGUCGGUGAAUGUGUUAAAAAUCGUCGAAAGAUUAAACGAAAACUCUUCAUCUCUACAACCUGUGAGCAAAUACAUUCAAGAUAUUUUAGGGGAUUUGCCUUUAAUACAAUCGGAUAUAAUUAUUAAAACCAAUAUGAAUAUCGACAAUGUUAAAGGUAUUGAAAUAUUACAGGAAAAGGUAGAAGAAAAGAACGCAUUGAUAUACGUAGGUUCUAAUAUAUUGGGCGACACUAAAAAUACAAGAGAUGCUCUUACGACCAUUACUGAUGAUGGUUACAUAAUAUCCAUAGAGAAAACUGAAUUAUUACAUCCGGAUAAUUUAACAAUUUUGACUAAACAUAAAUUACCUUCUGGAGAAUUCAUGUAUCUUUUAAAGAAAACCGAAGUGUAUCAAGAACCUAUUUGCUUAAAAGUAAAUAACGACUUUAACAGCUGGUUACCAAAUUUGCAAAACCAUUUGAAAACUGGGAAAAAAGUAUUGCUGUACAGUGAGAAUGACACAGCGAACGGCAUUUUAGGUUUAGUUAACUGUUUGAGGCGAGAAGUUUCCCAACACAAUUUAUCUUGCGUUUUCAUCCAGGAAGGAAACAAUAACUUUGCCCAUACUAAGACGUUUUUUAAGAAGCAACUGGAGAAAGGUAUGGCAAUAAAUGUGUUGAGAGGAAACACUUGGGGCACCUACAGACAUGUACUGUUAAGCAAAGUAGGUAAAAAGGAUUACAGUAAGUGCAAUCAUUACUACGCGAAAGUGUUGAGCAUUGGCGAUUUGUCCUCAUGGUCCUGGGUCGAAGGAUAUUAUCAGAAAGAUGACAUUUUAAACAACAGCAAUUUAAUUGAAAUUUACUAUUCGGCAAUCAAUUUUAGAGAUGUGAUGAUAGCUUCCGGUAAAGUAUCCGCUGAUGGUAUAACAAAAAAUAGGCUUUCGCAUGAAUGUUGUUUGGGCUUUGAGUAUUCAGGGAAGAAACAGAACGGUGAAAGAGUUAUGAGCUUUGUAAGCGGUGGUGCUAUAUCAAACAUAAUUGAAUGUGAUCCUCUCCUGACAUGGAGGAUUCCAGAUCAAUGGAGUCUGGAAGAGGCAGCCACCGUACCAGUCGUUUACCUUACAGUCAUCGUCGCAAUGAAAUUGAGAGGAAAAUUAAAGAGAGGCGAAUCCGUGUUGAUUCAUUCUGGAACGGGUGGGGUUGGCCAGGCGGCUAUAAACUACGCUCAUCAUUGUAGUUGCAACAUUUUCGUGACUGUCGGCUCAAUGGAAAAGAAGCAAUAUUUGCUCCAACAUUAUCCGUUCUUAAAGGAAUCGCAAAUAGGAAACUCCAGGGACACGACUUUCGAGCAGAUGGUGUUCAGGGAAACGGACGGACGAGGUGUAGAUCUAGUGUUGAAUUCGUUAGCUGAAGAGAAACAGGUGGCGUCUGUAAGGUGUCUGACAGUAGGAGGCCGCUUCUUGGAAAUAGGAAAGUUCGAUUUGGCGAGUAACAAUCGCUUAACUUUGGAUUUGGCAGCGAAAAGUUGUACAUUCCAUGGCAUUAUGUUGGACUUGAUGUUGAUGGCUCCCGACUCAUUGAAAACUCAAUUAUACGAGGAAUUUGCAGCGGGAAUCAAUGCUGGUUUCGUCAAACCUCUAUCUACGACGGUAUUUGAGAAAGAAAAUCUCGAGGAAUCCUUCAGGUACAUGUCAACCGGCAAACACAUGGGUAAAGUUCUUAUAAAAAUCAGAGAUGAGACUGUUUCCCGUAUUAAGAACGAGGAAGAGAACAUGGUUUUACCCAGAUUCUAUUGCGAUCCAAAGGGAACCUACAUCAUCCUAGGAGGUUUAGGAGGUUUCGGUUUGGAAUUGGCAGAUUGGUUGGUAUUGAGGGGCGCAAAAAUAUUGGUUUUAUCUUCAAGAACUGGAGUUCAAACAGGCUACCAACAACAUAGAAUCAGAAUCUGGAGAUCGUACGGUGUUAAAGUGGUCAUCGCUCUUGAGGAUAUAUCUACGUACGAGGGCUGCGAAACGCUUAUGAGAAACGCUGAAGCAGAGGCACCUAUGCGCGCCAUAUUUAAUCUGGCCGUUGUUCUUAAAGAUGCGAUGUUCGAAAAGCAAACUGUUCAGAACUUCGACAUUUCCAUGUCACCAAAAGCUACAGCUACAGGACACUUUGAUAAGAUCACACGUCGAUCGAAGACCUUGAAACAUUUCGUGGUCUUCUCGUCAGUUUCGUGCGGCAGGGGAAACCCCAGCCAGACCAAUUAUGGAAUGUCAAACUCUGUAAUGGAACGAAUUUGCGAGUCACGUUUGAAGGACGGUUUUCCGGCGCUCGCAAUUCAAUGGGGAGCAGUCGGCGAUGUCGGAUUAGUUGCAGACAUGCAGAAAGAGCAAAGUGAGAUCGCUAUUGGUGGCACACUUCAGCAGCGAAUCUCCAAUUGCUUGGAAGUUAUGGAUCAAUUGUUAUAUCAGAACGAAGCAGUUGUAUCGAGUAUGGUUGUAGCGGAGAAGAGUGGCCUCGGUAACGCCGAUAAUGUUGUGGAUGCGGUUCUCAACAUUAUUGGCUUACGAGACUUGAAAACGAUAAGUUUGAACAGUACAUUGGCGGAACUCGGCAUGGAUUCUAUGAUGUCAGUGGAGAUUAAACAGACUUUGGAGAGGGACUACGACAUAUUUAUGCAGGUUCAGGAUAUGAGGAAUUUAACAUUCAACAAAUUACUGGAGUUGAAUGAAUCCAAGGGACAUAUUAACACAUCCAAUAUUAAUGAUUCCUUUAAAUUAUUGAUAGAUAAAUUCCUGGAUUCUACAGAUCUAGAGUCAUCUUUGAUUCCGUACAAAAAUGCAAUGACAAGCGACGAUUUUGUUUUAGUUUUCCCCGGAAUCGAGAGCACUUGUUUAGGAAUGCUCCAAGUAAACGAAAAUAUCAAGAAGCCAUCAAUUUGUUUGCAAUACUCUUUUACAACAGAUGUUAUCAAAGUGGAAGAUUUAGUAGAUAAACUAUUGAAUGAUUUAGGUGAGAAAAUAACCAAAGCGAAAACUUUUAAAUUCGUCGCUCAUUCAUAUGGAACCAUCGUCGCUUUGCAAAUGGCUCAUCGGUUAGAAAAGAUGGGUAAAACUGGUAAAAUCGUAUUAAUAGAUGGAUCACCAGAAUUGAUGAACAACUUCUUUGAACUUUUAUUCAAAUCAAGCAAUUUGGAAACUACCUUAAUGUUGCUUUUAAUGUCCCAAUUUACUUCACCGGAAACAAUAAUAGAAUUAUCAGAAUCAAUAGCCGCAGCUAAAGACUUCAAAGAGCGCCAACAGAUUGCGAUUAGUGCUCUUCCUGAAGAUUCUGCGAGGAUUAAGAAUGUAGUAAUUCGAAUGAGUCAAGUCAUUUUGAAUUUAGUAAAAUCUAUGGAAACUUACAAAGUAUUCCAAGGGAAGCUUAAAUCAGAAAUCGUAUUGUGCAAACCGACGAUUCUCACUGUUGCAAAUAUUUCCGCAGACUACAAAUUGGGCGAGCUGAGUGAACAACCUGUAAGAAUCGUUGUCCUCGAUGGUGAUCACAGAACCAUUUUAGAAAAUGGCAAAUUACAUGAAGAACUGAAUACAAUUUUCUAAGUUAAAUUACGAAAAAGUAAAAUAUAAUGGAAUUGCUAGGAGUGUAGGGAAAGUAUUAUUAGUGGAAAAUAAU